UGCUCCCAGACAGCCGGUACAGCCCCUUUUGUGCCCUGACUCGUGCCUGACUAAGCCGCUUAUUAGCUCACCGGAAAGACUAAAACUUCGAAUCUUGUACAAGUUAUGAUUCACUUCUCCGUCCUGGACCUACUGAGGAAGAGAGCGUCAUUUAAAGUCCUGGAGUAAACCCGACUCUUCUCACAGAGACGCGCAGACUCACUUUAAAAAUGGGGACAUUCUCAGAGCGAUUUAGGAAGACUUUUUGGACAUUAUCCUUACUCUUUUUUAUGUCUUUUGAAGUUUGGGGUUCCAACAUCUGCACAUCCAGAGGAGUAAGUACUUGCAAGCAGUGCCUUGCUGUCCACCCAAGCUGUGCUUGGUGCUUUCAGAAGGAUUUUGGCCAAGGAUCCGCAAGCUUGUCUCGCUGUGACCUGAAGCAGAAUCUGUUGAACGCAGGCUGUGAGUCCAGCUCUGUCGAGUCUCCAGUCAGCUCUGUGCGCACAGAGGAGAGCAGGCCAUUGAGUGACAAAGGCUCUGGUGCUUCCUCUGACAUCACCCAGAUCUCGCCUCAGAAACUACAGAUCUCCCUGCGUCCUGAUGAUGCCAAGGUGUUUGAAGUGAAGGUGAGGCAGGUGGAGGACUACCCAGUGGAUCUGUAUUACUUGAUGGACCUUUCGUUCUCCAUGAAGGAUGAUCUCAUAAGGCUGCGAACGCUGGGCAAUGACCUGGCUAUUGCCAUGGGCAAGACCACAAGCAACCUUCAAAUGGGAUUUGGGGCUUUCGUGGACAAGCCUCUCUCACCUUACAUGUUCAUUUCCCCCAAAGAGGCUGUGGAGAACCCGUGUUAUAGCAUACACACGACAUGUUUGCGUCAGUUUGGCUACAAGCACGUCUUGACUCUAACAGAGGAGGUAAACCGUUUUACAGAGGAGGUUGAGAAACAGAGUGUUUCCAGGAACAGAGAUGCCCCAGAAGGAGGAUUUGAUGCUAUCAUUCAGGCAGCUGUCUGCAAGGAGAAGAUAGGCUGGCGCCCAGGUGCUUCUCACCUUCUUGUGUUCACCACUGAUGCCAAGACCCAUGUGGCUCUGGAUGGCAGGCUGGCGGGAAUAGUACAGCCAAAUGAUGGGAAGUGCCACGUGGGAGCAGAUAAUCAGUAUGACAUGUCAACCACACUGGACUACCCAUCCCUGGCUUUGCUAACAGAAAAAAUGUCUGAAAACAAUAUCAACCUGAUUUUUGCUGUGACUAGCAAUGUCGUGCAGCUUUAUCGGAACUACAGCGAAUUAAUUCCAGGAACGACUGUGGGAAUCCUAUCGGAUGAUUCAGGCAACGUCGUCCAGUUGAUUCAAGAUGCUUAUGCAAAAAUCCGUUCCAAAGUGGAGCUUGAACUUCUGGGUGUGCCUGAUGAGCUUUCCCUGUCCUUCAAUGCCACCUGUCUGAACGGAGAGGUCAUCCCUGGACUGAAAUCCUGCUCCAACCUUAAGAUAGGAGACACGGUGUCCUUCAGCGUGGAAGCUCGUGCCAGGGGCUGCCCCAAAGACAAGACGAAGACCUUCACCAUCAAACCAGUGGGUUUCAAAGACUCUCUGCAGAUCACGGUGAACUUUGAGUGUGAGUGCCAGUGCCAGGCCAAAGCGGAACCAGACAGCCCCAUCUGUGAUAAUGGAAACGGCACCUACGAGUGUGGGAUCUGUCAGUGCCUGCCAGGCCGUCUAGGACCCCGGUGCGAGUGCUCUGACGGCGACUACAGUCCCAGCCAGCAGGACCAGUGCAGCCCCAACAAGGACAGCCCGACCUGCAGCAGUCGGGGAGACUGUGUAUGCGGCCAGUGUGUCUGCCACAGCAGUGACUUUGGCAAGAUCUGGGGCAAGUUCUGCGAGUGCGAUGACUUCAACUGCCUGCGAUACAAGGGAGAGCUCUGCUCAGGUCAUGGUGAGUGCAACUGCGGGACCUGCAAGUGCGAUGCUGACUGGAAAGGAGAGAACUGUAACUGCUCCAUGCGCACAGACACCUGCAUGUCCAGCAUUGGCCUGCUGUGCAGCGGGCGUGGCAAGUGUGAGUGUGGCACCUGCAAGUGCACCCAGCCGGGGGCUUAUGGCGCCACCUGUGAGAAGUGUCCCACCUGCCCAGACGUCUGCACUUUCAAGAAGGAUUGCGUGGAAUGCAAACAUUUCAAGCGAGGAAAGCUGUUUGACGACAACAGUUGUGCACGGAUAUGCCAAGAUGAAAGUCAGCUAGUGGAGGACCUCACUAACCAUGACAAGAAUGCUGUGAACUGCACAUACAAGGAUGAAAAUGACUGUGUGGAGAGGUUUCAGUACUAUGAAGAUCCCAGCGGCAAAUCAGUUCUAUACAUCGUCAAAGAGCCAGACUGCCCCCCAGGUGCUGACAUCCUGGUGGUGCUACUGUCUGUGGCUGGAGCCAUUCUCUUCAUUGGCCUGGCUGCUCUGCUGAUUUGGAAACUCCUGGUCACCAUUCAUGAUCGCCGCGAGUUUGCCAAGUUUGAAGAGGAGCGCGCCCGUGCCAAAUGGGAUACGGCAAACAACCCCUUGUACAAAGGAGCGACCUCCACCUUCACGAACGUGACAUACCGAGGCAAUGCAGAGUGAGACCAGGGCAGCUGAUAAGAAAUCAUCGAAACUCAGGAGCCUGCAAGCUUGGAGCCAAUAGAGGCACAGGGUUUGAAGAAUGUAAUUUGAGACUAUGAGCUGUUACAGUUCAUCUGGUUGUUGAAUUUUGCUAGAUUCAAUCUUCUGUUAGUUGUAAAAUAAUUUGUUGUUUUUUUUUUUCGUGGUAUACUUAUAGAAGAUUGGGGCAAGGCAAUCACAAGCUUGGGCAGUGCAAAAGUAUUAAUAUUAAGUUGAGGAUCUAUUUCAAUUUUAAUGUAGCACUUCAAAAAGCAACUGAAGUCUUGUCCAAAUCUCUGUAUCGUUGGAAUGAGUUGGCAUUAAUGAUGCAUUUUUUCCCCUUGUAACACUUUUUCCCAAUCAUGUUUAGUUUCAGUCUAACAGUCAGAACUGAGAUACACGAACAAGACAUGUUCAUUUCCUAUGAGUCAGUGGUUAAAAAGUGAACACUUUUUAAGUGGGGGUAACUGUACUGUUGAAAUUAAAUAUUUCAUUCUUUCCUACUUAAAAAAAAUCCUGAAGUUCCCAAAUAAAAUCUAAAACUUAUAUGUUUGGUAUGUAUGGAGUGUGUUUGAUACACAGUAGUAAAGAGCAUCUUACAUCUUCUGUACAUUAUACAUACCUGUAUAAUGUUUAUACAUACUGUACUGUAUAUACCAUUCCUUUUGUGAACUUCCAGUCUACCACAGGCAGUAGGUGAAAACAUUUUUCUCCUUUAACUUAAUCUUUUCACAGGCAAUACCUGAAAUGCCCUUAGCCUCUUAGGUAGAUGCCAAAGAAAUAUAUUAAACAGCUGCAUUCUGAAUUAGGAUUCACUGUAGGCUGUCAUUACUCGAGCUUAGAUUCUCCAGGCAGUGCCAAAUAAAUGCAUCUUGCUGUGUUGUAAUGAAAUAUACUGUACUAUAUGCCUCUCUCUCAAACACAGUUUUUAUUUUAAAAAUCAACUUAUGACAAGGAGGGAUGACGACAUCCAAGUAACUUUUCACUCAGGCUCUUCUAAAUCAUAAACGUUUUCGAUGUCAGUUCUGAUUAAUAUAUUAUGAGCAAACUCCUCUUCUUGAUUUCAGCACACACAUCCCUCCUCCAACCCAUCUCCAUUUUUGUGUCCGUUUUGCGGCCUCCUCCUCUCUCUGCUGGCCAUCAGCCAAAUAGGGUAGCAAAUCUCACCAUGCCUAAGUAUGCAAUUAACAUCCUGAAACACAUCUACCUGUAAUUCAUAGGUGCCUUUAUUCCUCAUGAACUACUAAUUUGAUGUUGGCCUGCAGCAGAUGGGCAGUUUAUCAGGUGCCCUGGAGUUUGCUAUCUGUUUACAAAUACAGCAGAAAGAGCCAUGCACACAAUUCCCUUCCAGAGACAAAAUGAAGAGGCUCAAGUAAACUAUAAUUUAGUAGUUUAGUCUGAUUUCUGACUGCCUGAUAUUGGGACUACAAUUUGAAAUCUUAUUUACACAAAACUAUAAGUGAGUAUCUUGGUCCAAAUAUAAAACACCAUUUCAAAAAUUUCACUUAAUCAUUUUGUAUGAAAGCUGCAUGAUACACAAGUGUUGCUUUCAAUAAUGUUUUAUAAGAAAAUUAAAACGUAUUGGUUAUUUUUAACAUUCAUAGCGAUUUCUGGUGAAAGCAAAACUGUUUCUCCAGAUCAUGCACAUUACCUAAUGUAACCUUUUUGCUUGCUAACUUUAGCUUUUGUUACUCAGCAUUUCACUUUAGAAGGCUAGUUGGAUUUGCUUUUAACAGAGAAAGUGUGAAUUUAAUGUCUGACAUACAGACCUUGAGAACUGUUUUUUUUAUUUUGGUACCUUUAUUUAAUAAAUCUUAUCUGGACACUGUGUAAACCAAAUGAGGUUUUCAAUAGGCAGCCUUUGUGUAGGCUCUUUGCUCAUGCUGUCUAAAAAACAGGUUUACUGUCUGAGCUCAUCUUUGUAGAGUACAAGGAGGCACAUUAUUGUAUUAUUAAGAAAAUAAUUGUUGACUUUGUGCUCAUUUAUCAGCUUGUUUUUACUAUGGUUUUAUAUUAAGCAGUGGAAAACUGUAAAGCUGUUGUUUUAGUUUUGAUCAUAGUAUCAUCUGAUGGUUUGGUAACAGGUAACCAUUUGUACAUUGACUUGUAGUUGGAGAUUAGUCAGACAUAUUGCAUUUGUUUUUCAGAAAUUCCAUUUCUAUCAAUUAUACUGUAUAUUAGAUUAAUUCAAAGGACGAGGUCAGAUUCAAAGGUCAAUUUCAACACAUAGUCCAGUCACAUUUAUUUUUUAUUGUGAAUCUUAUCAUUUGAGUUAAGGUGGAAAUACAGAUAAACCAAAUUAAGCAAGCCUGAAGUGGAAUUUAACCAGGACACCAGGGUUAAGCUUCCACCAAAAACCAAAGAAACUAAAUUUAUUAGAGUUUGCAGGCCUCAUUUACCAUAAGAACAAACUAGUUAUUUUCUAAGGUGCUUUAAAUAAGUAUGGUACAGUAUUGAUGUUGCUUAGCUGUUUGUGUGAGUAUGGUAAUCGCUUCUUUAUUUUGGUAUGAAGGCUUUUUAGCACAUGAUUACAUGAAAUAUAACACUUCCCGCUCCCUCAGAGAAAAUGUUGAACGGCGUAAUGUUUUAGAGAUGUUUUAAGAUUUCUGGCAUUCAUCAGGGAACUUCAAAUUGGACAAGGAAAACAAGAGAUAAAGUAUUAAGCAGAAAAAAAUAAUCUAGCACUUCAUAAAACGUUGUCAUGCAGAAAAAAAUGGUGAUCCCCCAUAUACUGUGUGACUGUAACAGUCAAGUUUUGUUUCCUUUCAUUCUGAGGUGUUUUAGCACAAGAUUGUUGAUUGGGGUUUAGGCUGAAGAAUGUUAUGUAAUCUUGCAUCUUCUCAGAACAUUUACUGUAACUGUUGGAAAACAAAGCACAGCAUUAUGCUAAUGAAAAGGCAUAAUUUUCUUUUGAACUUUAUUUUCAUGUGGUUUUUAUAGCAUAUGAGGAAGUUCUCUUUGGGUCUGAGAAAUGCUUUGUAGAAUAGAAUUAUUUAUUGUAUUGUUCUUGGGGCUAUGAAUGAUUACUGAACUUUUAAAAACAUUUUAAGUAAAGCCUUGCUACUGAAAUUAUGGCAUAGCAAAUUAAAAUCUCAAAGUGACAUUUGGUGCUGCUAAUCCUUAACAUUUAUGAUAUAGGAGAAUUAUAUGAAAAGGAAAUAUUGAUGUUUUCUUUUGAGAAUAGAUGAAACUCUAUGAGCCGGAUGACACAUACAGUACGCAUACACACUGGAUAUAUAGUUAUUGUAUUUUUAUUAGUCUUUAUGCUUCUAAUUUAAUGGGAUUCAGUCAGUCAUAAACAAAAAAAAAACAUUCAACUUGAAAAGGGAUUUCAGGUUGAAUGUCUGUGCAUGGGAAUACAAAAACUCAUUUUCAUUUUACAUGUAAGUAUUUUCCUGUGGUAUAUUUUAAGUGAAACAUUCUGAAAAAAUAGGUACUGUAUACAGCAAAUUGUAAUUAUAAGCAUAGCAAGCAAUAAACAUGCUACUGCACUAGUUUAGAUGAACUCCUAAACAGAAAUAGUCACCACUGGAUGCAAGAGCUGUUUUCUAAAUUUGUAUUUCCUAUUAAAGAGAACACAAGCACCAGGGUACAAUGACAUUUUCUCUUUUGUAAUCUUCUAGUGUUCCUAUGUAACCAAUCAGAUGGUUGUACAGUAUAUUAAAGAGGGAUUUAGCUGUCUGUAGCUGUCUAUUUCUCAUUUUCUGUUCUAUGUGGUCUGUACCAUUGCCAUUACUUGUUGUAAUUGAUUAUUUGCAAUUGUAUAUGCUCUGUUAUAAACAUAUAUCUCAAAUUAUUUCUCAAGACUGAAUGUAAUAAAACAUGGCACAAUCUAA